AGUAUGGCAUCUCCACUGCCUCACCGUACAGCAAGAAGGGGGACAUGGCUCAGCCUCCAUCCAAGGGAGAAGAUGGUGGUGCUGCCAUGAGCUCUGCACAAUCCAAAUCAAUAAGCCCCAAAGAUUUGAUAUCCACGCUCCCAACAAGUAGUGAUGACCGGUGCUCGGGGCCGCUCGUCCUAUACAAAAACUACUGGCUGAGGUUCACCGUGCUGGAGCGGAUCCUGCUGGCCCAGGUCACCAUGAAGCCCCGGGACGACGACAUCAUCCUCGCCACACAGCCCAAAAGCGGCACCACCUGGCUCAAGGCCGUCGCCUUCGCCAUCACCAACCGAGGCCGCUACGGCUUCGGCGACCACCCCCUCCUCACCCAGCACCCUCAGCACCUCGUGCCGAGCAUCGAGCUCCACGGCCCGGGUAGGGACCAUACCGACCUCAACGCACUUGCCUCUCCUCGGCUUCUCUCCACGCACAUUCCCAUGUCGCUGCUCCCGCCGGAGAUGACUCCAUCCAGCGGCCGUCGCGUCGUGUACCUCUGCCGAGACCCCAAGGACACGUUCGUGUCUCGGUGGCACUUCGACAACAAGAUCUUCCACGGUUCCGCCAUGGAGCUAGACAAAGCCUAUGACUUGUUCUGCCGGGGGCUCUCGCCUUACGGGCCUUUCUGGGAGAAAUAUCUGGAGUACUGGAAGGCAAGCUUGGCGACGCCGGACAAGGUCCUUUUCUUGAAGUACGAAGAGAUCAAGGAAGACUCUGUGGGAGUCGUGCGGAAGCUCGCGGUGUUCCUGGGCGUCCCGUUCAGCCAGGAGGAGGAAAGUUCUCGUGUCCCGGAAGAGGUCGCGAGGGUCUGCAGCUUUGAAACACUGAGGAGCCUACAGGUUAACCAGGUAAGUGUUGUUAAUGAGCACGGAAAUCACAGGUUUCCUGCUAAUUCAGCCUUCUUUAGAAAAGGACAAGUUGGGGACUGGGCGAACCACAUGAGCCGAGAGAUGGGGGAAAAGAUGGAUCAGAUCACCAAAGAAAAGCUCAAGGGAUCUGGACUCGCAUUCUCAUUUGCAUUUCUGGUUUCUUUUCCGCACAGCUCUGUUUCGUACUCGGACAUUUCGGAUUAAAGAACUUUCAUUAAACGGUGUUAUCUUUUCUCUACGAAGUGGGUGCCUCUACAAAGUCUGUCAAUAAAUAAAAAUGAUAAGACUUUGUCUCCA